AUACUUUCUGAAUAAAUGAAAGCUUUGAGUCAAAUUACCAAGAAAUACUGCUCAUGUUUUAAGGUACCUUUUAAUUAUAUUAAAACUGUUGUCCCCUCCUCCCUCCAUUUUACAGGAUAUAAAAUUCCUGUCAUUGAAAAUCUGGGUGCCACCUUAGACCAGUUUGAUUCAAUUGAUUUUUCUGACAAUGAAAUCAGGAAACUGGAUGGUUUUCCUUUGUUGAGAAGACUGAAAACAUUAUUAGUGAACAACAAUAGAAUAUGCCGUGUAGGUGAGGGACUUGAUCAGGCUCUGCCCUGUCUGACAGAACUCAUUCUCACCAACAAUAGUCUUGUGGAACUGGGUGAUCUGGAUCCCUUGGCAUCUCUCAAAUCACUGACUUACCUAAGUAUUCUAAGAAAUCCUGUAACAAAUAAGAAGCAUUACAGACUGUAUGUAAUUUAUAAAGUUCCACAAGUCAGAGUACUGGAUUUCCAGAAGGUGAAACUAAAAGAGCGUCAGGAAGCAGAGAAAAUGUUCAAGGGCAAACGGGGUGCACAGCUUGCAAAGGAUAUUGCCAGGAGAAGCAAAACCUUUAAUCCAGGUGCUGGUUUGCCAACUGACAAAAAGAAAGGCGGGCCAUCUCCAGGGGAUGUAGAAGCAAUCAAGAAUGCUAUAGCAAAUGCAUCAACUCUGGCUGAAGUGGAGCGGCUGAAGGGCUUGCUACAGUCCGGUCAGAUACCUGGCAGAGAACGCCGAUCAGGCCCCACAGAUGAUGGUGAAGAAGAGAUGGAAGAAGACAUAGUUACAAACGGGUCCUGAGCAAUGUGGCCUGAGAGUCUACAGGAUGUACAGUAUGCCCACUUGAGACUAGUUCUGCUUAUUGAACUUGAAAUAGCCUUGUUUGUGUCAGCAAAGUGGAGUUCAUAAGCAUUGUUGAAAUGCUUAAAACUGCUGCUGGUAACUUUGUAAUACAGAUUUUGAAAUCAAAAUGCCAGUUUUCUACAAAUACUAAAAAAUAAAAGACACUGUUCUGUCUA